GAUUUUAAAACGUUUUUUUUUUCCUCUUAACUACACUUCAUAUAUGUCCUUCUGUGUGGUCAAUACUGUAGUUGAUUACAAGAAAUUAAUUCACCACCCAGGCCUACUCGAUUUCAGAAUCGUACAUUUCAAAUUACAUAACAUAAACUGUGUUAAUAUGAUUACGGCAGUGGUAUAUUACAAGUGUCCAAAACAUGGUCAAAAUAACGUCAAAACAACUUAAACCGUUGAAAUGUCUAAGGACAGGGGUCUCCUUAUAGACCCUCUAAGACGGUGAACCAAUCAUAUUGUACGUCAGGAUAAUUGACAUUUGGAUUAUCCAAUGGCGUGCAACUUUUCCGGAAGUAUCAUAGAUUGCGACAGCUCAGUUCUUCACACAGGAGAGAAAAGCAGAGGAUGUCUGAUAAUGCGGAGUCCCCCACGGAGGCGCCAAAAGAUGAGCCUUCAGCUGUACAACAACCCGCAGAAGACUCGACGACAACAGACGAGAAGAAAAAAAUUGACAUCUUGUUGAAGGCAGUGGGUGACACUCCCAUAAUGAAGACGAAGAAAUGGUCAGUCGAGAAAGGCAGGACAGUGCAAUCUCUCUCUCUGUUCAUCGCCCGUUUCCUCAAGAUGGAUGCUAAUGAACAGCUGUUUAUCUAUGUAAAUCAGUCAUUUUCACCCUCACCCGAUCAAGAAGUAGGUGUCCUCUUUGAAUGCUUUGGCAGUGAUGGGAAGUUGAUUCUCCAUUACUGUAAAUCCCAAGCCUGGGGUUGAGGAGUGGGUUGCAGUUGUUUCCCCCGCAGUAACUUCACACAAAAACGUUUUUACAAUUUUCCUUAUAGACUAACGUUAUCAAAAUGGCACAUUUCUCAUUUCUAUUAUUCUGUAUAUAACAAAAUGUAAAUAAAUUAUUGUCACUGAACAAA